GAAGGUGGAGGCGGCGGCGGCGGCCGUUGCAGUGGCGGCGGCGAAAGCGACGCGAGCGGCGGGAGCCCGAGGCGGCGGCCCCUCACUGGGCCCAAGCUGUGCGCCUCGGCCCGGAGCCCGGACCGGACGGGGGCGCCGACGUGCCUCUGCGGCUGCCUUUUCAAGGAGGCGGGAGUGAGGAAAAAGGCUUAGGGCCCAGGGGGCGGGGAAGGGGGGCCGGGCCUGGAUCCGCGGGGAGGCCGAGCCCAAGGCCCGACCGUGGCUCGCGCUUCCCGGGGACGCGAAUAGAACGUCGACGGCGCGGAUCGAACGGCGGCGGCGGGUGCAGCGCGGGGGCCCGGCGGCGGCGGCGGCGCGCGCGCGCGGGGGCCAUGGCGUCGGUGCAGGCGUCCCGCCGCCAGUGGUGCUACCUGUGCGACCUGCCCAAGAUGCCGUGGGCCAUGGUGUGGGACUUCAGCGAGGCCGUGUGCCGCGGCUGCGUGAACUUUGAGGGCGCCGAUCGCAUUGAACUGCUCAUCGACGCCGCCCGCCAGCUCAAGCGCAGCCACGUGCUCCCCGAGGGCCGCUCCCCCGGGCCCCCGGCCCUCAAGCACCCCACCGGCAAGGACCUGGCGGCGGCGGCGGCCCAGGGACCCCAGCUGCCGCCGCCGCAGGCCCAGCCGCAACCCUCGGGGACCGGCAGCGGCGCUGCGGGCCAGGACCGCUAUGACAGGGCCACCUCCUCGGGCCGCCUCCCCCUGCCCUCGCCGGCCCUGGAGUACACGCUGGGGUCCCGCCUGGCCAAUGGGCUGGGCCGCGAGGACGCCGUGGUGGAGGGGGCGCGCAGGGCCUUGCUUGGCUCCAUGCCUGGCCUGGUGCCCCCGGGGCUGCUGGCAGCUGCCGUGACUGGCCUGGGAAGCCGAGCGCUGACGCUGGCGCCCGGCUUGACCGCCGCCCGCCCGAUCUUCGGCUCCGAUUUCGAGAAGGAGAAGCAGCAGAGGAAUGCGGACUGUCUGGCCGAACUGAAUGAGGCCAUGCGGGGCAGGGCAGAGGAGUGGCACGGGCGCCCCAAGGCGGUGCGGGAGCAGCUGCUGGCGCUGUCCGCCUGUGCCCCCUUCAACGUCCGCUUCAAGAAGGAUCACGGGCUGGUGGGGCGGGUGUUCGCCUUCGACGCGGCCGCCCGCCCGCCCGGCUACGAGUUUGAGCUGAAGCUCUUCACCGAAUACCCCUGUGGUUCUGGCAACGUGUACGCGGGAGUCCUGGCCGUGGCUCGCCAGAUGUUUCACGAUGCUCUGCGGGAGCCGGGCAAGGCGCUGGCCUCCUCGGGCUUCAAGUACCUCGAAUACGAACGCCGGCACGGCUCGGGGGAGUGGCGCCAGCUCGGAGAGCUGCUCACCGACGGCGUCCGAAGCUUCCGCGAGCCGGCUCCCGCCGAGGCCCUGCCCCAGCAGUACCCCGAGCCGGCUCCGGCAGCCCUGUGCGGCCCGCCCCCGAGAGCCCCGUCCCGGAACCUGGCGCCCACCACGCGCCGUCGCAAGGCAUCCCCUGAGCCCGAGGGCGAGGCGGCCGGGAAGAUGACCACCGAGGAGCAGCAGCAGCAGCAGCAGCGACACUGGGUGGCCCCGGGUGGUCCGUUCUCUGCCGAGACCCCCGGGAUGCCCUCGCCCAUCGCUGCCCUGAAGAACGUGGCUGAAGCUCUGGGCCACUCCCCCAAGGACCCCAGUGGGGGUGGGGGCCCCGGGCGUGCAGGGGGUGCCAGCCCAGCGGCCUCCUCCACGGCCCCGCCGGUAGCCCAGCAUCGCCUAGUGGCCCGAAAUGGCGAUGCCGAAGUCAGCCCGACCGCCGGGGCAGAAGCUGUGAGCGGGGGUGGUGGCGGCACCGGGGCGACCCCUGGAGCCCCCCUGUGCUGCACCCUCUGCCGCGAGCGGCUGGAAGACACCCACUUCGUCCAGUGCCCCUCAGUGCCCGGACACAAGUUCUGCUUUCCCUGCUCGAGAGAGUUCAUCAAGGCGCAGGGCCCCGCGGGUGAGGUGUACUGCCCCAGCGGAGACAAGUGCCCGCUGGUAGGCUCCUCUGUCCCCUGGGCCUUCAUGCAGGGCGAGAUCGCCACCAUCCUCGCUGGAGACAUCAAGGUUAAGAAAGAGCGGGACCCCUAGGCCACCACUGCCACCAGUCUGCUGCCCGUCCCCUUGCCGCCCACCGCUGCUGCGGAUAAAUUAUUCCCUCCCUUCCCCAGCCCAGUGCCACCCCCACUGUGUACAUACUCCCUUCCUCCUCCCAGAGGGGUCCCUGGGGUAGACGCAUUGAGGGUGGGGGGAGAAAGCUCGUGGCUUCUGUCUGAGGGGGGUGUUUGGGGUCCCUUGGCCCCUCCGAUUUCCCUCUCCCCUCCUUGGCUUAGCUUUGCUGCUGCUCGUAGUUGGGGAAGAGGCGGCCCGUCCUCCUUGAGAAGGCGCCUCCUGGAAAUGUCGCUCUUUAUAAACGAAGCAAAAGCGUUUUAUUGCUCCCCUCUCCUGCCCCCUUUCCUCCUUCAAUAAACCGAAAAAUGGGUUUUUUC